UUCCUUCAGCUGAGGCGCUUUUCCCAGCUUGUUUACAUCCCUCCUCCCUGGUGAUCCCAUUUUCCACGCAGACCGAGGAUCGUCCCCUUGGGAGGAGUCCCCGUCCUCCCCCCUUCUCCGAGACCUUUCCUCGGACGGGCCCAUCACCUCCAGAGCGUCACUUCCCAGGGACAUAGCGUCCACACUCCUCCCCUCAGCGCCCUUUCCGAGGGAAAGGAAGCAGGGUUGGGAAAAGGGUAAGAAGGCCCUUUCGUUUGAAGAUCGAGGCAUUCAAGCUACUUGGCGUUAGACUUUUUUCAAGAUGGGUGAAAGAAAAGGGGUAAACAAGUAUUACCCUCCUGACUUCGAUCCAUCCAAGCAUGGCUCUCUUAAUCGGUACCAGAAUAGCCACCCUCUGCGGGAGAGAGCACGGAAGCUCUCACAGGGCAUCCUUAUCAUUCGGUUUGAGAUGCCCUACAACAUCUGGUGCGAUGGCUGUAAAAACCACAUCGGCAUGGGUGUGCGUUACAAUGCCGAAAAGAAGAAGGUUGGAAAUUACUACACCACGCCAAUCUACAGGUUCCGGAUGAAGUGUCACCUCUGCAUCAACUAUAUCGAAAUGCAGACCGACCCCGCCAACUGUGACUACGUGAUCGUGAGUGGCGCCCAGCGGAAGGAGGAGCGCUGGGACAUGGAGGAUAACGAACAGAUCUUAACCACGGAGGGAGAGGAGAAGAAGAAGUUGGAGACGGAUGCCAUGUUCCGCCUAGAGCACGGCACGGCCGACCGCGGGAAGCUGCACAAGGCCAUUCCCACCCUGUCGAAUAUUCAGGAGGCCCAGAGCGCCUGGAAGGAUGAUUUUGCCCUCAACAGCAUGCUGAGGCAGAAGUUUAGGGAAGAAAAAAAAGUCAUCAAGGAGGAAGAAGAGAAGGAUCUGGCUCUGCAAACCAAGGCGAGUCUCAGCAUCCCUCUGGUCCGGGAGUCCGAAGAGGAUCGGAAGCUGGCUGCCUUAUUCAAGUACCACAGCCUAGACUCUUACGAGGCCAAACAGAAACUGAAACGGACCGAGAUCUCCGGCCGCCCCUGGUUCUCUCCAACCUCAACGCCUGGGUCGGGCGGCAAAGCCAACGAUGUCCUGAAGAAGCUGGCCAUCGGCAGGAAACCCUCAACCAGUAAUCCCUCCCUUAAAGUGAGCAACCUGGGCAUCGUACUGCGGAAAUCCAAGGAGGAGUGCGAGAACUCGGCAGGGGAUUUUGUGACCGGCGGUGUCCUAGAAGCCCUCGGGGCGAAUGAGGGAGAAGAGAGCUCUUGGGAAGUGGUCCAGGACAGCUUCUGUGGCCCAGCGGACCCAGAGUGCCCUCAAGAAACAGAGUCCAAGAGGGCCCCUAGCACCACUAGCAUCAGCUCUUCCUUAGUUGCGGAUUACUCGGACACCGAAAGUGACUGAUUCAUCUUUCCCAGC